CAAAGGACUUCCCUAAUGGUAUUCCUGAAUGUGGUGCUGAUGCUCUUCGUUUCGCUCUUGUUUCAUAUACAGCUCAGUCUGAUAAAAUAUAUCUGGAUAUUCUAAGGGUGGUUGGAUAUCGUCAAUGGUGUAACAAGUUGUGGAAUGCUAUAAGAUUUGCCAUGAGAAAACUUGGAGAUGAUUACACUCCUCCAUCUGAUAUAGUCCCGAAUGUCAUGCCAUUUAGCUGUCAGUGGAUACUAUCGGUUUUGAACAAAGCUAUUUCAAAAACUGUGUCGUCUUUAGAGGCGUAUGAAUUCUCUGAUGCAACAACUGCAGUUCAUCAUUGGUGGCAAUAUCAACUGUGUGAUGUAUUCAUUGAAGUUAUUAAACCGUACUUUGCUAGUAGUAAUCCAGAAUUUGCCUCUGCAAAAAGAUAUGCCCAAGAUACCAUGUGGAUUUGUUUGGAUAAUGGACUUCGCCUACUUCACCCUUUUAUGCCAUUUGUAACAGAAGAAUUAUGGCAGCGACUCCCUUCAAGAAAUGGUUGUAAGAAGGAAUCCAUCAUGAUAUCAGAUUAUCCAUCAUCUGCAGAGGAUUGGACCAAUGACGAUGUAGAAUGUGAGAUGAACUUGGUCGAAUCUGUUGUGAAAGAAUUGCGUUCACUGAGAUCUUUGAUCCCUAAUAAGGAAAGACUUGAGAGGCGAGUAGCUUUUGUGCGUGGUCGAGUGAAUGAUGAUGCGGAGAUUAUCAUAAAGCACGAGCUUGAGAUUAAAACACUUGGCAAUCUGUCAUCUUUGGAGGUCCUAAAGGAGAAAGAUGCUGUUCCAGCAGGAUGUGUGGUAGGUGUUGUGAACGAAGCUCUUUCUGUUUUCCUCAAGACACAAGGGGCGAUUGAUGUGGAUGCUGAACGCGAAAAGCUAAAGAAAAGGAUGGACGAUAUCAAGAAGCUGCAUGAUAACUUAUCACGGACGAUGAGUGCAUCUGGAUACAAGGAGAAAGUAAAAUCUAAUGUGCACGAGGAAAAUGUUGUGAGGCUCGCUUCUUGCUUGCAAGAACUAUCCUCAUUAGAGGAAGCAAGCCAGCACCUUGAGCGCGAAAGUGCCAAGGAAUCAAAUGGAUGUGCUUCGCCUGGAGAAUAAACGGUCGAAUGUGGUAAAGUAACGGUUUUUUGGUAGUCGUAAUUCAGAUUUCAAAUUUACCCUCUUUUACUAGGGUGAUGAGCAGAAAUUUUGCAUCCCUUUUUUCGUUCAUUCGUGCUUCAAUAGUUUCUUCUGCUCAGGAUGCUUUCUUUUUGGCUGCUACAGAAUUUGCUAGUGCCUAAAACAUACAUAUAUUCUACCUGUAUAGUGUAGGUAGGAGUCAUCCACUUCAUUUGCUGUCUUCUUAGCUCUUAUAUUGCAUUUUCUUAGCUCAACUGUCCUUCAUCAAAACCAACAUAAUAUAAUGUUUUAAAAUUU